AUGGGGUCGGCGGCGCUGGAGAUUCUCGGCCUGGUGUUGUGUCUGGUGGGCUGGGUGGGCCUGAUCCUGGCGUGCGGGCUGCCCAUGUGGCAGGUGACCGCUUUCCUGGACCACAACAUCGUGACGGCGCAGACCACCUGGAAGGGGCUGUGGAUGUCGUGCGUGGUGCAGAGCACAGGGCACAUGCAGUGCAAGGUGUACGACUCGGUGCUGGCGCUGAGCACAGAGGUGCAGGCGGCGCGGGCGCUCACCGUGGGCGCCGUGCUCCUGGCGCUUGUCGCGCUCUUCGUGACCCUGGCGGGCGCGCAGUGCACCACCUGCGUGGCCCCCGGCCCGGGUAAGGCGCGCGUGGCCCUCACGGGCGGCGCGCUCUACGCGCUCUGCGGGCUGCUGGCGCUCGUGCCGCUCUGCUGGUUCGCCAACAUCGUGGUCCGGGAGUUCUAUGACCCGACCGUGCCCAUGUCGCAGAAGUACGAGCUGGGCGCCGCGCUUUACAUCGGCUGGGCCGCUUCGGCGCUGCUCAUGUGCGGCGGCGGCCUCGUGUGCUGCGGCGCCUGGGUCUGCGCCGGCCACCCCGACUUCGGCUUCCCGGUCAAGUACUCGGCGCCGCGGCGGCCUACGGCCAGCGGCGACUACGACAAGAAGAACUAUGUUUGA